UUAUUGGUGGUGGUGGCGGCGGUGGUGUGGUGGUGGUGGUGGUUGGUGAUGUGAUGUGGUGGUGGUGGUGGUGUCGGCGGUUGGUCCGGCGUUGUUUUUGUUGCUUCUGCUGCUGUUCCUUAUGUCAUAUUGCAUCGACUUAAACAUCGAAAAAGAGGCGAAGAAUGAAAUUAAUUGAGUCGGUAAUCAUGAUCAGCUAGCGGGUUCGGAACCAUCUUCUUGCAGAAGAAUUUUCAUUUCAACAAAGGCUCACUACUGACAUGAUGUACGGAAUAUCUCACCUGCGAAACUUGGUACCACACAUUAUCAUUGUAUUAACUCUAUUCAAUUUGUUAUUGAAUAUCUCAUUAGCAGAACAUAUCAGCGCUUCAGAGACCAACAAGGAAUCUGAUUCCGAUCCUGGGAACAAGGAGAAUCAACAAGAAACAACACAUUUCAGUGAUUCGUCCACGUCUGCCACCAUGACAUUUGCCGCUGUCACUGCAACAUCUCCAGCCGCCACAGAGAGUGACGAUGAACAAAAUCAAUGCAACCCUAAAAUAUCCCGUUGCCCAGGUAACAGGCUUCCAUCAGCAGAGGACUGCAGUUGCCUAGCAAUGGCGGGUGAAAAAUGUGGCUUUAAUACACGGAAACGAUGUGACCAAAACUUAGGACUUAGGUGCAUUCCAGAGAAGAAAUCUUCGCUGAGCAAGAGCUAUGGUGUUUGUCGCGGACAGUACAAUGUGCGAGUUGUCAGCACGGGUUACUCGAAUGUCUCUCUGAAGUGGGACAACUUUAAGCCACACGGCUACUCCUACGAGUAUGUGAUACUUUACCGGGAAACUUUCGUACCGGAUAUAUGGCUCUGGCACAGCAAUGCGUGCGGACCAGAACCUGAAGCUGUGGUCCACGGUUUGAAAGUUAACCAAGGUUACUUCUUCCGUGUCACCGUUUGGAAAGAUCCUGUAAAACAGUUGUAUGGCAACAUCACUGAAGCUGUUUAUGCAAAAACUAAAGCUGGUUGUAUUUUCCAAGGCAAAACAUACCAAGUUGGCCAGUUGUAUGAAGUAAAAUGUGAAGAUAUAUGUAAGUGUAUGUCAGACGGCAAAUUCGCAUGUGAACCGGUUUGUCCAGAAGAACGCCACAAUCCGAAAAUAAACAACCCUAUGUUCAAAUGUACGACGGAACUGAUUGGUCAGUCAGAGUGUUGCUACGCAACAGUUUGCGAACCUAUAGACAGUUAA